GUCAUUUCUUAUCGAAUCUUCAUCUGAUGAAGACCAAAAUCCAACGUCAUCUCCAUGUGGUUGGUUUCUAAACACUGAUCGACUGAUCAUGAACUCCAGCACCAAAUCUACAAACCAUACAGACUGUGCUGAGGUUCAAGUGCCCAAUGAGGUUUUUAUGGUCAUUGCUGUUGCCAGCCUAAGUGAAAACUUCUUAGUGAUUGUGGCUGUAAUCAAAAACAAGAACCUUCACUCUCCCAUGUACUGCUUCAUCUGCAACUUGGCUCUAUUCAACACCAUCUCUGGCUUCUCCAAAUCCCUUGAGAACAUCAUGUUGUUGUUUACCGACGCUGGGCGGCUAAACUCUCGUGGCAUUUUCGAGCGAAAGAUAGAUGACACCAUGGACUCCCUUCUGUGCAUGUGCUUCCUCGGUUCUAUUUUCAGCAUCCUUGCCAUAGCCGUGGAUCGAUACAUCACCAUAUUCCACGCGCUGAGGUAUCACACACUCAUGACCAUGCGUCGCGUGGUGGUCAUUCUGUCUACUAUAUGGGUGAUGUGUGGCACCUGCGGUGUGCUCAUGAUCGGCUUCUUUCAGGAGGCCACGGUCAUGAUCUUCUUCGUCAUGCUUUUCUUCACCGCUCUGCUCCUCAUCCUCCUGCUCUACGUGCAUAUGUUCCUGCUAGCACGUCACCAUGCCAACAGGAUCGCAUCUAUGCCCAGUGCCACAGCGCGCCAUAGGAGGAGCGGCAUGAGGGGGGCGCUGACGCUCACAAUUUUGAUUGGGGUGUUUGUGGCCUGCUGGGCCCCGUUCACCCUUCAUUUGCUGAUAAUUAUGAUUUGCCCAGAGAACCCGUACUGUGAAUGUUACCGCUCUCUCUUUCAGCUACACGUUGUGCUACUGGUGAGCCAUGCAGUUAUAGAUCCAGCUAUCUAUGCCUUCCGGAGCGCCGAGCUGUGCAACACCUUUAAGAGAAUGUUCUUGUGUUUGGGUUCGAGGAUUUGUAAAAAGUGUAUCUGA